AUGCCUGGCGGCCUGCCAUCGUCAGUCGUCGCGACCGGCGCCGAAAAGGCCUCGGGCGACUCUGAACACGACUCCAGGUCAAGAUCCAGCUUAGAACGCAUCAAGUCCCACCACUCUCACCACCUCCACAACGCGGAUGUUCAAAGCUCCUCAGAAGUCCCGGAUGUUGGUGCCAUCCUUGCACGACAUUCUUCUGUCGACGAUGCCCGUUCCUUGGCGUCCAUUGACCGGCCUCCCUCCGAGGACGAAAAGUUGCCUGCAGCCAAGAUUUACAAACCGCUAUCCUUCCCCGUCCUCGCCCUGUUCUUUCCCGCCUCCAUUCUUGGCGUUCUUGCCCGGCUGGGGCUGGAGGCUAUCACGACGUACGAUGGAAGCGCUAUCUUCCACUUGCAUACGUCCAAGCUCGAUCACCACUGGGUUCUGCGGAUCCCUGACCACGUUCUCCGGAUGGCAGCUCGACGUGUUCGAGUCCUGGACAACAGCACCGGCUCCCACCGCGACUGGUUUCGAGAUGCGAUCGACGGCAUCGGCCAAAGCGUCUUCACCCUCGCCAUCUCCCUCUCCGCGGUCACCUUCGGCGCACACCUCGCCUCGCUCGUCCGCCCGCGCGUCCCCGCGCUCCGCACGCCCCCACGCUGGGCCCGCUACGCCCUCUCCGCGCUCGCCGUGCUCACCUACGCCGCCGCCUUCCCCGCGUACUUCCUUCUCCCCGCGCACGUCCGCGCGCAGGCGACCGCCGCGCUCCUCUUCGCCCCGCCCGGCGCGCUCGCCCGCUACGCGCUCUCGCUCGCGCUCAACCCGCGCCUCACGCUCUUCCCGCUCGGCACGUUCGCCGCGAACGCGCUCGGCACCGCCGCGCUCGGCGCGCUCCAGCUCGCGCAGAGCGUGCGCGUCCCCGGCCCGCCGUCCCCGGCCGCGUGCGCGCUCCUCAAGGGCCUCGGCGACGGCUUCUGCGGCUGCCUGACGACGGUGAGCACGUUCGCGGUCGAGGUGCGCGCGCUCGACGCGCGCCGGGCGUGGCUCUACGUCGGCCUCAGCUGGUUCGUCGCCCAGGCGCUCCUCGCGGUCAUCCUCGGCUCCGCGAUCGGGUCGGGGAACGUCGCGAGGGCGCCCACUUGCGUGUACCCGUAG